AUGAGGGCGUCGUUGGACCUGUCUGGGCCUCAGGAAUCGGGCCUGGGGGGGAUCAGCCUGCCUUUGGUUUUGAGCUCAGGCGACCGGGGGUACUGCGCCUGCGCAGCACGUCUCUUAGGAUUUCCUUCGCAUCUAUCAGGCUUGGAAGUGAACGGCGAAGGCAAACGGUGUGCUCACGCUCUCUCGCCGCGCUGCACGCGCAGCCGGGUUGGGUCGCGAAGAGUGUCCUCAGGUCGUUGGAUUGUCGCGCAUGCUGUUGUCUCUGCUUGCAGGGAGGAGUUCAGCCUCACGCUCCAGGUCCACCGGCCGGCUCCGAAGGCAGGGGCCGCGGGGCUAGAGGGCAGCUCGUCGAGAGGCGCUGACAGAAAAGCGGGGUUUUCUAUGUUGGCGAAGGAGCGGCAGGCGAAGACUGGGCAGGCGACAAGUCUGCAGGAAGCUCUCGAUCGCACUUGCAGCGCCACGCUCUUGGAAGAAGGCUUCAUGAGCGGGGCGGACGCCGCAGGCGGCGGGGCGACACAGACCAAGGUUCUGGACAGGGAUGACGAGCGUUCCGGGGCUUCGGCGAAUCUCUGUGCAGUAGAAAAAACAAAAUGUUCGCUCGUCGUCUGGGACCUCGCAGGCGGCGAAGGCCUCGAAACGCGGUGGAGAGCCAUGCAGGAGAAGUGCGACGCGGUCGUGUACGCCGUCGACAGCACGAUGUUCGCCGGCAUGGAGCGGUCUCCUGUGAAGCAGCGGGCGCUCGAAGAAGCCCGUCGAGAAAUACUUGCUCUCUUUUACGAAGAGUACUUCGUUCUGCACAAAGAUGUCAAAUUCUUGGUCUUGGCUAACAAACAGGAUCUUCGGAGUGCAGCAUCUGCCUCACAUAUUCUGGAGUUGUUGGACUUGCCUGAAGAUUUGCAGUCCAGGCUCCACAUUCUGCCCUGCAGCGCGGUAUCCGGCGAAGGCUUGCUGAGAGGCUUGGAGUGGCUCGCCAGCAGCGCCCAGUGUCCGUGUUUCUCCGCUCGCGAUGCAGAUCGCAGCGUCGCGUCCACAUGCGACAGCUGGUGGCAUUCUGCGGCAGCCGCCGCUCCGAAGCUGAGCGUCGAUGGCAAGGCCUCAGCGGAGAUGUCAGGCGGAAGGACGGUGAGUCGAGGCGAGUCAGACCAGAGUCCCAAAGAGGAACAACCAAUUCCUGCCGCAGGUCGCGGUUUGCCAGGGAGCAGGGAAGUAGUGCAAGGAGCUGGGCGAGGUGGCGACUCGGCAGAAGGGACGGCGGCGGGGGCGAAGCAUGCCACAGCAAGACUCACGUGUGCAGAUUCCGCGGCGCGGAAGACUGGUGCAGGCCGCGGGAAUGCCGCAGUUGUUGAUUUGUUAGAUGACCAGCAAGAGUUGCAGACCGGCACAGAGUUCGCUCAGAAAAACGCAUCGCCUGUGGACAUUCCAGCCGAUCUCGACUGGUGA